UGCGGUUCUAUUUCGUACUUCAAAAUUUGUACGGAAAAUUUGACCGAAACAUUCAGGUUUGCGUUACUCAUAACUCCAUGAUGCAAUACUACGGAAACAAGGGGCAUUUUAUUUCUCAGCAGUCCCUGGCCAAACUGGUGAAAAAAGAGGGGAAAAGAAGGUUUAAAAUUGGCUAGCUCAUGAUUAGCUAGCAUCGAACACCCACAACAAACAAAGAUGGAGCGUCAUCAAGCGGUCAGCCGAUACCAAGUGUUAAACAAUGAGGAUUAUCGCUCUGAAUGGUCCCUCAGAAGUGAGGUAUCCACCACCACCACCACCCCACACCCUUCUGAUGAACCCACAGUACCAGUGGAAUCAGAGGCUCCGCCCCCACCUUAUACUAGUGUAGGACUGGGAGCAACUGCAGCUCCAGAUGGUGGCUUUCAGAGUGAUUUUCCUCUGCCGCCCCCAUAUAGUGUUGCCACUUCCUUGCCCACUUACGAUGAAGCAGAAAAAGCCAAAGCUGCAGCCAUGGCAGCCUCCACUGUGCAUGUGGUUCAGCAGGAGGAUGAUUUUCCACCACAAGAUGAUUUCAGUGAUGCUGAUCAACUGAGAGUUGGCGGUGAUGGAGUAUUCAUGUUAGCCUUUUUCAUGUCCUUCCUAUUCAAUUGGAUUGGAUUUUGCCUGUCUUUCUGCCUCACCAACACCAUAGCAGGGAGGUACGGAGCGAUUUGUGGGUUUGGACUUUCCCUCAUCAAGUGGAUCCUCAUAGUACGGUUUUCAGAUUAUUUUACUGGAUAUGUCAAUGGUCAGUAUUGGCUGUGGUGGAUAUUCCUUGUGCUUGGUCUCUUGCUGUUCUUCAGAGGAUUUGUGAACUACCUGAAAGUGCGUAACAUGUCCGAGAACACAGUAGCAUCCAGCAGAAUGCGAUUCUUCUUGUACUAGUGAUUGUUGCAGUUGGCAUUCCUUCCAAUGUGAAAUUCACUUUUCAUUUACAACCUGCCAAAUUUACUGGACUCAGAGCUGCAGAAGCCAGGAAGUUGUUCACAUAAAUAAAAUUCCAGCAGGAUAUACAUAUAGAAAUACAUUGGAGUUUCAUAUGAAUAUUUAGCUUUCUCCAUUUUAAUUUCUUUUAGUUUCUGCAGUUCAGCAGUCUUGUUUUAUAUGUCUGUGAUGGUAUUAUAACCUUGUUAAUGUGAAAAUCUUUGUAAUGUCCUAAAAUAUGCAUAUAGCCAGAAUUAAAUCUUUAUGCAUUGGAGAAAUUAUGCAAAAAUACAAUGAUGGGCGCUGUGUAAAUGAAUAUUUAUACUGGAAGCCAAAACCUUUUGUAGGAUUUCUCAUAAAUCUUAGUCCAUUGAAACUUAUUUUUCACUAAAAUGAUUUUUCACAAAUGUUAAUCAUCUUGUCAAACUGGACAGGGACUUGUAUGUGCCCUUUUGACCUAUUGUAAUGCUCAGCAAAAAGUUUUUAAGUGACAGUUUGUAACUUUCCUAAGAUUAUCUUUUAUGUUUGUUGACUUUAAUUGUAAGCAAAUGAAUUUUAGUGUGGGUGUGUGUGUGUAUUUGUUUUGUAUUGUAGCCUGUCUUGUAACAUUUCCAUGAUAUUUUCUUAAUCAUCUCAACAGUCUUCCUUUAAAAUGGUUAAGUAUGGUUAAUCUUUUUUUUUAGUAAUUUCAAGGACCUCUGCUGUUUUAUUGGACUGUUACCAUUUGUUGUAUAAUGGAUUGUGUCUGCCUCAUGUAAAUUUAAAUUUGUAAAAUGCCAUUA